CUUGUUCUUCUUCUGCUGCUGCCUCUUUCUUCGCACUUCACUCACUCACACCCGAGUCACACACACUCCUCCCGGGACGCGACGCGCUUUCACACCUCCACGCGCGUUUCACUGAGCGCCGCAGGAAACAAUGGAAACGGAGCCGCUUUGUGUCGGACAGAGACAGACGCGCUUCUCUGUGUUUGUUUAGGACUUUCUGCUCAUAGACUCAUAUAUUCAGGAUCCCAUUAUCUCGCUUUAACUACACAAUGGGCUGCUGCAGCGGACGGUGCACCCUGAUAUUUCUCUGCACGUUUCAGUUGAUGGUGGCAUUGGAGAGGCAGGUGUUUGAUUUCUUGGGCUAUCAGUGGGCUCCUAUCCUUGCUAACUUCUUCCACAUCCUGGUUGUCAUCCUGGGCUUGUUUGGCACCAUUCAGUACAGACCUCGCUACAUAGUUGUGUAUACGGUGUGGACCGCAGUGUGGGUGGCCUGGAACGUCUUCAUCAUCUGCUUCUACCUGGAGGUUGGAGGUCUGACGAAGGACAGCAACCUCUUGACCUUUAACAUCUCGGCACACCGCUCCUGGUGGAGCGAGCACGGGCCGGGAUGUAUCUCCAGCGAAGAGCGCGUUGCGGAUACACAGUCCUAUAUACAAAUCAUGGGCUGUCUGCUGGAGUACCAGUACAUCGAAGUCCUCCACUGCGGCUUCCAGAUCCUCACCUCACUGCUGGGUUUCAUCUACGCCUGCUACGUCAUCAGUGUCAUCACAGAGGAGGAGGACAGCUUUGAUUUUAUUGGUGGAUUUGACCCAUUCCCACUCUACCAUGUCAAUGAGAAACCAUCUCAUCUUCUGUUAAAGCCCGUGCAUCAGUCUUCGUAAAUGAGAGGGUGUCCUGAAGAGAAGCCGUUCUGCCCGUUCCUCCUCUCUCCCGCCUCUCCUCUGUUUAAAGAGUGUCAGCUCUGGACGAAACACCGCCUCAUUUAGACACUUCUACAAGUGGCUGUAAAGCAUAUCUAAAGAAAAAAGGUCCUGUGUUCUGAGCGGUGUUGUGUGUGGUCUGUGCACUUGAGUGUGUGUGAGGAGGGCCAGUGUGUGCUGUUUACCUUCACACAGGAUGAGCGCAGUAAAACAGAGGAGCGAGCCGAGAGGAGGACAGGGGGCACGGGACAAAGCCAGUCAAAAAUAGAAGCAAAGAAAUAACAUAGGGCUGCCAAACGAUUAAUCGCGAUUAAUCGCAUCCAAAAUAAAAGUAUGUGUUUACA